AUGGAAUCAAAUGAAAAUGAUCAAAAUGAAGUUAAAAAUAAAUCUGAAGAAAGUUAUGACGAAAGGGAUUCCAAAUAUAAAUCACACAUAGGACGACAUUCGAAGAAGGAAAAUUCCAGAAAAAGAAGUCGAUCAAAAUCGGAUCAAAGAAAAUCAUCAAUUGUAAAUAAUGAAGAUGAUCCUAAAAGUGAUAUACAACGAAAAAAAAAAAGUGAUGCAAAAUCAGAGAGCAAUGAAAAUUCUGAACAAGUCGAAUCAGAAAAUUCAAAUAAUUCCAGUUCGGAUGAAUAUAAAAGAAGAAGAAAAAGACAUAGUAGAGAAAAAAAAGAAAGCCGAAGAAGUAUAGAAAGAGAUAGUAGCCGGGGAAGACACAGCCGCCGAGACCGUGAUAGGGAUCGUGAUAGAGAUCGUGAUAGAGAUCGUGAUAUGGAUCGAGAUAGGGACCGAGAUAGGGACCGAGAUAGAGAUCGGGAUAGGGACCGAGAUAGAGACCGAGAUAUGGACCGAGAUAGGGACCGAGAUAGACGAAGAAAAAGAAGACCAAGAUUAAAUAGAAAUAUAUCAUCAUCUCAUGAAAGAUCAAGAUCAAGAGAAAGAAGAAGAAGAAGAUUACAAGCAGAAUGUAUAAGAAGAGCAGGAGGUUUUAAAAAAUUAGCAGAUAUGGAAGGACAUGAAACUACAAAUGUUUUUUGGGAUGGUUUUCAAUGGGUAGCCAAAACAAAUAAUAAUAAUAGUAACCAAUUAGACCCAGCUAUUAUGAAUUCAACUCGAAAAUUACGAAGAUUAUAUUUUGGAAAUUUACCACUUCAUUUAGGAUUAACUGAAAAUGCAUUCCAAGAAAUAGUAUGGGAUGAAAUGAAAAAAAGAAAAUUUUGUAAUAAUGAAAAUAUAAAUCCAGUAUUAUAUGUUUGGUUUGCUAAAGAUAAAGGAAAUUAUGGUUUUGUUGAAUUUUCAACUGUAGAAGAAACUGAAAAAGCUUUAACAAUGGAUGGUAUGUUAUGUAAAGGGAUUGCAAUAAAAAUAUCACGUCCUAAUGACUAUUCGACGAGUUCUGUUAAAAACAAUCAAAAUAUAUUAAUGAAUAAACAAAAUGUUAAUCUCCUUGCUGCAAUUAGUGCAAACUUACAAGUGGGAUUACAAUCUUCAGCAAACGUUACAGAUAAUAAUGUUAAUCUUAUAAAUUAUUCAAAUGGAGGAAAUAAUUUAUAUGGAACUAAACCACUUCCUCCCCCUGGCACCCCACCAGGAACAUCAUCUUUAUCUGUUCCUAAAGAAAUGAAUAAUUCAAAUAUACAAACAAAAUAUUUAAGAGUUUUAGAAAUUGUAUCUCCAGAAUCAAUUAAUGAUGAAGAUUAUGAAUCUAUAUUAGAUGAUAUAAAAGAUGGGUUUCAUAAUCAAGGAAUUAUUAUAAAUGCAGUUUUAAUAAAUCAAAAAUAUUCAAACAAUACCCCAUUCAAUAUUGGGGAUGUAAUUAUUGAAUUUGAAAAUCCAAAUUCUGUUGAAAAUAGUAUCAUCACAAUGUCAAAUAGAAAAUAUGAGGGAAAACCAAUACGCAUGACUAAGUUAGAUGAAAAUGCAUACAAUACAUAUGUAACACCAAUAAUUGAAAAAAUAUACGACAGGAAAAAUGACAGAAGAUGA